AUGUCGACUUCCGAGCCAACCCACACACCACAACUCCGUCCUUUCUCAGUCCACGUCCACCCCAUUCCUCCGACCGAACCAAAGACAUGUGCAUACGAGCGCCGCCAUUCCAACUCUGCCAAGUGCAACAACGCCUUGGUCUUCAUUGGUGGGCUGGGCACUGGUCCGCAUACAACCCCCUACCUAGGACCUUUGAAUGACGCAUUGGAACGCGCGAGGUUGAAAGAUGGAAACUGCGUGCAAUAUAGUAUCUGGGAGCUGAGAACGCGGAGCAGUUAUACAGGUUUCGGAUAUGGAAGCUUGAAGGAGGAUGCGGAAGACUUGAAGGAGUUGGUGCAGUAUCUGAAAGAGAUUGGGAAGGAAAAGGUUGUGUUAACUGGAAGUUCAACUGGAUGUCAGGCCAUCAUGACAUACGCAACUACACUGCCAGUGCCUCCCCCGGUUGACGGCUACAUCAUGCAAGCCCCAACUUCAGAUCGCGAAACAGCGGGACUGCUCAUGCCACAAGACCUCCUCUCCGCCAGCCUCAAGCACGCCGAAUCUCUCAUUGCUAAAGGGGAAGAAAAGACUAUCAUGCCUAGCUCCUUCAUCCCACCCAUCAUCACGUCUCCGGUAACGGCAUACCGCUGGCACUCCCUAGUCUCUGUGGGAGGCGACGACGACUUCUUCUCUUCCGAUCUACCAGUUUCCGCUCUCCAGUCCACAUUCGGCAAACUGGAUAAGCCGACGUUGAUUCUGAUGUCAGAGAAGGACGAGAUGGUUCCUUCGACCGUGGACAAGGGGGCCUUGCUGAAGAGAUGGGUUGACACGAUUCCAGAUGGUCUGGCGAACAGGCAGUGUCAGGUUAUUCCAUUUGAUGCUGAUCAUGAGCUCUCUGGUGAUGAAGCAAUGCGGUACUUCAUCGAGACGGUUGUCAAAUUUCUCGAGGGAAUUGAUGCGGCAUCAGUUGGACAAUCAUGA